AUGCCAACCAAUGGAAUACACCAGAUUUUGAAGAUCCAGUUUGGCUUGAUCAAUUGUGAUAACAGGUAUCUGACAGCCGAAGCCUUUGGCUUCAAAGUCUAUGCCUCUGCUCCUAGCCUCAAAAAGAAGCAGAUCUGGACCUUAGAGCAAGAUGAGGUAGACAACUCGGUGGUCUACCUCAAAAGUCACCACCUUGGGAGAUACUUGUCGGCCGACAAAGAUGGAAACGUGUCAUGCGAGGCUGAGAAGCCGGAGGAAUCUUGCCGUUUCACCAUUUCUGCUCAGUCGGAUGGAAGGUGGGCCCUACAGUCGGACAUGCACAAGCGGUUCUUUGGUGGCUCGGAAGAUAAGCUGUCCUGUUUCGCACAGACAAUCACAGAGACGGAGCUCUGGGCUGUCCAUUUGGCUAUCCAUCCUCAAGCUAACCUUCUUAGUGUUAGCAGGAGAAGGUAUGCCCACCUGAGCCCUCAAGAAGAUGAGAUCUCCACAGACAGCAACAUACCAUGGGGGGUACAUUCCCUUAUCACCCUGGUAUACCAGGACAAAAAAUACUGUUUGAAGACUUGUGAUAACCGCUUCCUACGUAACGAUGGAAAGUUGGUUAAGGACCCUGAUAACGGCACUGCCUACACUCUUGAGUUCAAGGCUGGAAAGCUGGCCUUCAAAGAUUGCACUGGGAAGUAUUUGACACCAAUGGGACCUACAGGCACUUUGAAAGCUGGGCGGAGCUCCAAACCUGGCAAAGAUGAACUCUUUGAUCUUGAAGAAAGUCACCCUCAAGUUGUCUUCAUGGCCUCCAACAAAAGAUAUAUCUCUAUCAAGCAAGGUAAAACUCAACACCUGAUUUCGAUAAGGCCCCUUGAUGUGGAUUUUGAGGUUGAGUAG